AUGCUCUGUCUAUUUUAUAUGCACGUUUUUCUUGUGACAUUGGUGGCAUGUACGAACAAUUUUUACCGCACAUUACUGAACGGUGAAAAAUUCAAAGGCUUUCUUCAGGUUUAUCCUGUUGGAAACGAUCAAUAUGUGCUGUCCUUCAAUAUAUCGAAAUCAGAUGGUAAAGUUAGAUGGGGUCUUUACAUGUCUUCCGCACCUUACGACACGGCGACGAUCUCGGAAAACUGUAGAAGAGCGAAGAAGAGUCCCCAUCUUCUAAGAGAUCUUCCACUUGUGGAGAUAACAUUGAAUGGAUCGCAAAUUAUCGGUCAUACGGUUGUUCUCAGUGAUGAAGUUGACGCAGUUACAUGCGCCACUCUCAUCUUACCCGGGUUCCCGUUGUUACGAGCUUCUUUCCAUGCUCCCCCAGUGGAGGGGCACAUUCACAUUAUUCCAUUCAAGGAUGAGCAGGCUCGCAUCUUACCCGAUUUGAAAUAUUCGUCGGAAUAUGAAGAUGAAGAGCCUCAAAAAACUGCGAUUGAAUGGGAAUUUGUCUCCAGAUGUGACGAGAAAAUGAUGACUUUUCGGAUGGCAGAUGGAUAUGAACUUGGUGUAGACUCGAGAUCAGCUAUUACAGUUCAUGUUCCUAAUAAUUUCACUUAUCGUAUGCUGGCUCUGUUCAUCGAUGGUAGCUUGUUCGCUUGCUCGCCAAUUGGUAACGUGGAAAUCCGUCAUGUUAAGAGUGGUCGAUAUAGUUUGUCGCAGCCUAAACGAAGAAGGUCUAACAUGAGAGUACGAGGACAAGACGAGGCGACAUCGCCCGUUGAGCGCGGUCGAUGA